UUUUUGGUGAUGUGUAAGUCGCCACCUGCAAUACCGCUGCUCUGUUUCAAAUGAGGAAAAGAAGCGCACGGCAUGAUGGACUGACUAUUCUCUAGUGAAUUUACUAUCUGCUGGUGAAGGGAAGAUGAGUAGCAGACUUCAGUGAGCAUGACCUCGCUGGCCAGCGCCUUUGCCUCCCAGCCGUCUGAGUGGGUCUCCUUCAGCGAUGGGCUGCACCUCCCUGUUACUUCCCAGGGCCAUGUUGGGGAACCACUUGAGCAAGUCAUUUCCUCCUCUGAUACUUCUUCUGAAGGCAUUCAAAAUCUGGAUGGAGACCUUCCAACACUUUCACAAACUGAGCUGGGAAGUGCAGUGGACAACGCAGCUGCAGACUCUGCUUCGAUAUGUUUGCCCGACAACCAUCCCUCUCCAAAGCCUGACUUCAGCACUUGGGUCCAGUUUGAAGAUGCACCCUGGACCAGCACUUCAUCAGAGCAUACACAAACAGCCUCUUCUCCAAAAACUUCCUGCUGGACAUGCCUUUCCUCAGGAUCUUUGGAUAGACAGCCUCUGGCUUCAGACAGCAGCUGGACAACCACUUCUGAGAACACCAACAGCCCAAGUAUCACCCCUUCCUAUACAGAUCUUCAGUCCAUAAAUACUGAAGACCUGACCAGUGGCAGAGACUCUGCAGCAGACUCAACUGACAAUUCUUCAUCCCUUUUGGAAGAUGAAGAGCUAGGCAUGGAGUCCACCAGCUGGCAACUGAAUAACACAUCCAUUAAUGGCCACAGUGAAACUCCAACAACAGCUCGUUUCCCCAGCUGGGUGACUUUUGAUGAUAAUGAAGUGAGCUGUGUUUCUCCACCAACCUUGUCUCCAGUGAAACCUGACACUCCACCAUUUGCAUCAACUCCAACAACAGCAGCAACAGCACCGAUAACAACAGCACAGAUAGUCGAUGUGAAAUCUAGCAGCCCUUCCUCAACCUUUAAAAAGAGGGAGCGUCCCAAAAGUACCUUGGGAGAUCUCUCUAAAGUUCAGAAACUAGACCUUUCCUCCAUAACCAGAUUGCCUUCAUUUGGUGGAACACCCCCCUGGAGUGCCACUAACCCAUUCCUUGAUGAAUCUCUGAGGGAUGUUCAGCCUUCCCCUAUCAACCCAUUCAGUUCCUUUUUUGAGGAACGGGAUAGGCGUUCCCAAACUUGCUCUGCCUCUGGCAUCUCUGGUAGAAGCCAGAGAGACUCUCUCAUUAUCCUCCAUCAAGAGCCUGAUACCAUCAGUUUCAAUGAAUCAAGUAAACAUCUCAGACACAGAGAUGCUGUUGAGCAACUCAAACAGCUCCAUAUUGGGGAUCCAGAUCAGCUGAGCAGCCAUACUCUGCCUGACGAUGAUCCUACAGCACCAGUGGAGAUGGAUGGAACCUUUUCUAAAUUAUGUCCACCUCAGCAAAGAGAUGGCUGGCCAAUGAUGCUGAGGAUACCAGAAAAGAAGAAUAUCAUGUCCUCUAGGCACUGGGGUCCAAUUUACGUAAAACUGACCGAAAGUGGGCACCUGCAGCUAUUCUAUGAAAAGGGACUGGAGAAGCCUUUCAGGGAAUUCAAGCUUGAAAUCAAUCAUGAGAUUUCAGAACCCAAGCUCCAGAACUAUGAUGAGAAUGGAAGGAUACACAGUGUGAGGAUAGAUCGCACCACCUACAAGGAGAAAAAGAAGUACCAGCCAAAGCCAGCUGUCUUCCACGCAGCAGAGCGGGAGCAGGUUAUUAAGCUCGGCACCACUAAUUAUGAAGACUUCCUCAGUUUCAUCAGAGCAGUCCAGGAUAUAUUGAUGGAUUUGCCUGCGUCGUUGACAGACCUGAGCACCGUGGGACUGAACUACCAAGAGGAGGAAAUCACUGUGGACGUAAAGGAUGAGUUCUAUGGCACCUUGGCCAAAGGAGACAACAGGAUUUUGCAGCACCAUGUGCUGACACACGUGCACGUACUCACUUUUCUUUCUGGCCUGGCGGAAUGCCGGCUGGGCCUCAAUGACAUUCUUGUCAAAGGGAAUGAAAUUGUCUCUCGGCAGGACAUUAUGCCCACCACCACCACCAAAUGGAUUAAGUUGCAUGAUUGCCAUUUCCACUCGUGUGUGGAUGAAGAGGCAUUCGCCAGCGCCCACGUCAUUCUGUUCAAUCCCUUGGAUGCCUGCCGGUUUGAACUGAUGCGUUUCAGGACUGCGUUUUCUGAGAAAACGUUGCCCUUUACCUUGCGGGUGGCAGCCAGCAUCAACGGUGCGGAGGUGGAGCUUCAGAGCUGGCUGAUGGUGUCACCAGGUUUCUCCUCCAACAGAGACCCUCUGUCUCAGGUCCCCUGUGAAAAUGUGAUGAUCCGGUACCCUGUGCCGCAGGAGUGGGUGAAAAAUUUCCGCAGAGAUAGUGUCCUUGGGGAAAAGUCCCUGAAAGCAAAGGUGAACAAAAGUGCUAGCUUUGGAUCCACUAGCAUUUCUGGUUCUGAACCAGUCAUGAGAGUAACACUAGGAACUGCCAAAUAUGAGCAUGCCUUCAAUUCCAUUGUGUGGAGGAUAAACCGAUUGCCUGACAAAAACUCUGCUUCAGGUCAUCCUCACUGCUUCUUCUGCCACCUGGAGCUUGGCUCAGACCGGGAAGUGCCUUCUAGUUUUGUCUGCUAUGUGGACGUAGAAUUUGACAUGCCAACCACUUCGGCAUCCAAGGCCACCAUUCGUUCUAUCUCUGUGGAAGGAAAGACAGAUGUCAGGAAGUGGGUAAACUAUUCAGCACAUUAUAGUUACAAGGUGGAAAUAGAGCAGAAAGGGAGCUUGAACCCAGAUGUGAGAGGAGAAGAUGCUGAUAACGCCAAGCAAUGUGCUGUGCAGUGAAGGAAAGUUCCAUCUGAGGUUGGAACAGUAAAAUCAACAGGACUUAAAGAAGAGAAAUCACAGCACCUCACUUCUGCUGUCAGAAGAGCCCAGAAGUAUUUGGAGUAUUAUAGGGCUUCCUUGCCCUCUAUGACCUUACCUAGAGAAGAUUCUCCUUUGACAUUUGUUUACAGCGGCUUGGUGGCUUUGGUAGAAGCACUGUAACUAUGUAGGUUUGCAAUUCAGUCAAACUUGCCUUCAUCCCUACUACUAAUGCUUCUCCAGUGAAAUGGUGUAGCCCUAGUCUUGUUAAUGAUCUUUUUUCUUCAGUGCACUUGGCACUUCCUAAAAAUUUAAUCUUCAGAAGAGUUCUUCCAGUUGUCUGCAACAGCACUAAACAGAAUUCGUUUGUUUCCUAUUAUGUUCACAGUGAAAAGUUGCAACUUUUCUUCUCAAGCAAUGCAAAUGAUAUUACUGGGAAUUCCAGGAGGUAAAGGAUAAAUGUUUUGCCCUUUCCUAUUUAUCAUUUCUGAGAUGAAACAUUUGAAUAUUGCACAUUUUCCUUGGAAGUUGGUCAGAAAGUUUCCUUUGUUCAUUUAGUCCAUUGCUGGGGCCAGGGUUAUAUUUUUGAUGUAACGUAUUAAUAGCUGCUAGAGAGGGAACUGGACUGUUAUUAGAUCAUUCUUGCCUUGGAUAAUACUGGGAAAAAUAGAUAUGGAAUUUAUUUCAAUGGUUAGGCAGACUGGCAUACUGCUUUUCUCACAGAGCAAUGCUUCUGUGACAGAUUACAGUUUAUAUUCUCAGUGGAUGUAGUAGCAAGGAGAUGCUUGGGGGAUGGCAGUGUUGCAGAUGCUGACAAUGCUAAUUUUAUGUUCUGUCCCAAGACUACAUCUCAUCCUGUCAAGACGGCAGUGUAACAGUUGUGUGCGCUACUGGUACUUGUUUGUAUUACUUUGCAAUAUGCAGGCAUAAUGACAUUAAAGUCAGAGCUUUCUGGAUCUGGACCACAGUAGUUCUACAGAAGUGCAAAAAUUAACAUUCUGAGAAGCUUGGCUUUUGGGAAUAUUGCAUUUAAAAUUCAGCUUCCUAGCCCACUUGGCCAUGAAACUGUCUUGGCAUUCCUACACAGGAUGAGCACUGGGGAAGCUUUAAGAAAGCCCCUGUUGCUUUGUAUCUUAUAGGCUUCCCAUCCUGCUGCCCAGUUGGAUUGAAUUAAUCACCAUGAACAUGGCAGUGGUAGACUUUCAGGUCAGCUCUAGUGUGAAUGGGCCAUCACAUACGUAAUACUACAAACAGCAUUUCCUUGAUCACAUCCACAACAUAUAAUAGCCAAGAAACAACUGGGCAUCUAUGGGGCUGUCUUUAAAAGCAGCAGUCUAUCUAACAUUUGGUAUGAGGCAGUGGGCUUAAUCCAGCCCACUCAGCUCCUUUCUCAACAGCUGAUAAAGUGCUUUGGAAGCACUUUCUGUGCAACUCGAUCAGGAAAAGCAAAUCUAUCUGCAGCAUCCAUUUGUAGUUCAUCACAAGAUGAGAAUACAUGUUUGUGUGGCUUCUAACUGGACUGGGCAGAAAGUUCAUUCAGUGAGGCCAGUUUUGGCAUUCAACGUGCCAGUCAUCAAAUAUAUUUAAGUAUUGUAUGGACCUUUGUGAACCAGCCCAUAGUGUUGGUUAAAAGCUGACCAAGAAGGCUGUGACAGCAUGUUCAGAAGGAACUUGACUCUUGAUGUUUGGUAACAUGUUCCGAAUAUAUUUAUCUGUGUGUCCCAAUGUAUGGACCUUAUGGAUUUAUAAGUAAAAAGACACUUUUCAACUAAUCAACUUAGAAAGGGAAAAAUGAGCAAGUGGGAUCCACAGGGUAGAUGUUUCUCUUCAACUCAUAAUGGAGCCCAACCUAUUAAAAGCUUUAAAGAUUUUAAAAAAUCUGCACUUUGUGAACUGAGUCCAGAAGACUCAAUCAUUUUAGCACAGGGUCACAAGGUUGGUAGCUGGGUUGCGGGGGAUGACAUACGAGAUGAGUUUGAGGGAGCUGGGUCUUUUCAGCCUGGAGAAGAUGAGACUCAGAGAGGAUCUUAUAGCAACAUAUAGGUAUGUAAAGGGAUGUCACAUGGUAGAGGAUCAUGACCUGUUCUCCUCUGUGGUGGUGGACAGGAUGGUUCAAUCGGGCAAAGCUCAAGGAACCAGGUUUCAGGUUGGAUGUCAGGAAGUACUUCCUGAUGGUUAGUAUGGAAUGGGCUUCCAUGGGAGGUGGUGGCGGCCCAUCAAUGAUGGCAUUGAAGGAAAGAUUGGACAACCACAUAUUGGGUAUUACAUGAGUGCAGCCUGC